AAACCUUGUUAGGAGUGUCUCAAUAAUUGAAAGCCUGUGCUUGGCGGAAAUAUGCAGCACCUCCAGUUCGCUGCUGCAGUCUUCAUAUUGUUGACUGCGCCCCUGUCACAAUCUGAAGCUUCAACCAGCACCAAAUCAGUCAACUCCUCAACACCAUGGUUCUGCCACGAAUAUGAGUGCGCGCCAUACACCGUCAUUGACAGGAAUGCCGACUAUGAAACAAGACAGUACUCUGCAGCCAACUGGGUGUCAGUCAACGUCCAGAACUACACCUACAGGCCUGCUCUCUCUGAGGGCUUUGCGCCCCUCUUUGAGUACAUCAGUGGAGCCAACCAGGAGGGUGUUAACAUUAACAUGACUGCUCCGGUGCUCGUCAAGAUCGCGGCGGGGGCAGGACCUUUCUGCACGAGCAAUUUUACCGUUUCAUUCUACGUGCCCACAGCCCAGGGAGACACCCCAGUGCCAACAGAUCGCUCUGUCUACCUCAACAGGCUGCCCCCAGCAACAUACUUUGUCUCGUCCUUUGGCGGAUACGCCGAUGACACCAGUGUCCCGGCGCAGGCGGCUGCACUGACUGACAAGCUGACAGCAAAUGGGGAGGUUUAUGACAGCUCACUGUUCUGGACUGCCGGCUAUGACGCCCCCUACAAGCUGAGCGGGCGCCACAAUGAGAUCUGGAUCCUGAAAAACGGCGAGGCAGCUGCCGUCAGAUCUGCUGCCGGAUGAGAUUUGACUUUGAAACUGAAUCUGAAGGGGAUCUCCUGCAACUCGGGGUACCACGUGGCAGCAGGUUCAAGGCUGUGGUGCCUGUGCCAGCCUUUCCGCUGCCUUACCGCCAUUUACCUGUACACAAGCUUUCCCCGUUUUGAGCCGGUGUACAUAGGCGGGAUCACUCCCGUAAUGGUUUACUGUCUAUACAGUAGCUUUUGUACAACAGAGUAGCUUUUGCAAACGAAUUUGAUUGGGGCUGUAAGAAAGGUUCUUUGAUGAAAAUUGAGCUGCCGCAUAGGCAGAAGGUGCGGUGAGGUCUGUGGAAGAUUGGAGAGAGCAGUCAAUGUACUUGGCAUGUUCAUUUUACCCAUGGAAUUCGACCUCAAAGCUCAACAGCUUUGUCGGCGCGCUGGAGGAGACCUGAUGGUCGAUAUGAGGCAUGAUCGCCUGAGCUUGAAGACCUUAGAGUGGCUAAGAAGUGCACUUCUUAGCAUGUCCUGCAGAUGCACAUGGAUAAAUGGUGCUUGCUGUUGGUAUUCCCUUUGUGUGUGCAUUGCUAUGUCAGGCACUGUCCUGCAUUGUUGGCAAAUAAUAUCUUAAUCGUCCUGCCAUAUGGCAGCACAUCAAGUAUGAUUAAGAUGUAGCAAGCAU